AACACCAUUAUUCCUGAUGUAGUGCACUUAUCUAGGGAUGUAGGGAGCAGUUUGGGAUUUAGCCGCUGAAUGUCUACUAAAGGCGUUGAUGGUUGGAAGUUAGGUUGUGUUUUUGUCUUAUUUUAACUUUAUUUGUUUUAGGUUUUAAAUCGAGGACAGAGGUCUGGUCGAGUAAACGUCUUAGUGCUUCACUUUUCCAAACCUUGUGGAGUUCCGGUUUCCUCGAGUGCUAUCUGCAUUACUUACUUCCGGUAUUGUUUUUAAGAAUGUUAGAUAGUUAUUGCAAGUGAUCAGGUUAUAGUUACGGAAGAGAAGACGCACUGAAAGCUGCAUCAGUAGUUUAGGCUGUAAAAUGGCCAAGUUUUUUGUGUCGCUGGUGUUUAUUUUAUCCACGCUGACUCGUGAGAGAGUGUGUGCUGUAUCAGAAACAGCCUCGAGCAUGUGGCAGAGUGCACACUCCGCUGUGAAGAGCCUCGGUGAUGAUGCUCACUCCUAUCUGGUUUCCCUUUUCGGUAAACAAACAGUCGAGACGCUGCUAAAGACUAUAGGGGAUGCAAUAAAAGUGACCUCACAGGCCGCAGCUCACGCUCUGAAUGUAGUGGCAACGUACAUCACAGAUUUUCUGGGUGCUGCUGGAGUUGAUGGUAAACUGCCUAUAAAGCGCUUCACCCCUGAAGGUGUAGUCUUUGUGACUCAGUGGGCCUUGCUGGCAUUGCUUGGAUACUGGCUGCUGUCCUUGGCAGUUUGUCUGCUUGCAGGCAUUGUGAGACGAACUUUGUUUCUGCUAAAAGUCGCCUUUGCCAUUGUCACGUUUGGGUUGAUUGUGAGUGAUGGUGGAGCCAGUGCAGAAACCACAGCGAUGAGACUAGCUGGCCUGGUGUUCGCUUGUGUCCUGCUGGGCAUCGGACCCUCAUCUUUCAGGGGAGACCCCAAUGCCCACCUGGAGCAAAAAGUCAGGGUGCUGGAGAAACGGCUGCGAGAGAUGGAGAGAAAAGAAGAAUGAGAGCCUCUAAAAUUCAAUAAAGGAUGGGGCUAGAGUUAACCUGGACCUGCUAGCUCUAAGGAACAGGGAUUUUAAAUCUGUAUUACCUGAAUGGAUGUGAGCAUGUCAUCAAUUCAGUAGUCUGUUAUUCUUUUUGAAUGUUUCAUACACUCCUACAUGAAGUGAGUGACAUGUUGGAGCAGUGAAAAAACAAGAUGUCGAGUUACUUUCGUAAUCGUGUUGGAAAACACUGAUUUAGGGCUGGGAGUUGAACUGAUAUUUUUAUUAUUGGGUAAAUAUUUAUCCAGUUUAAUGUUACAUUCAGAAAAAUGGAGUACUUGAAGUGGAUUGUGGUUUAUUUGCAUCUUAUUCAGUGUGUGCAUGUUUUUUCUUUAAAAUGGACAUUGUUUUUUCUAAAAUGCUGCAUAAUUAAAUGGGAGUUUGUGGAA